GGGGGGGGGCAGUGUAGUUGGUGACGAGAGAGAUGGGGAUGAGGGCAGCCGAAAGGGAUGGAGGUUCGGAGACGGAGAGCAUGAGGUUGGGCAAGAUCGACCUUCGGGGGGGGGGGGGGGGGGGGGGGGUGGGGGGGAGGUGCGGGGAGGGAGAGGAUGAAAGGGGGUGAGGAAGAAAGGGGCAGUGGGGAACCAACAAGAAUAACCAACUCCUGCAGGUGACCCAGGGCGCUGGGGUUGGGGAGAUUUUGUAGUCCCGCCCUCUCUGCUCAGAUGCUGCUGGUUCCCAGCCAGGAGACCCCCAUGUGGCCCCUUGGCUUGUACUGGGAAAGGGAGCAGUGACUGGUCUCUGCAGCCAGUGGCAAGUGAAGCACAUCUGCUGGGCUGGAGGCCCCUCCCCCCAACAACACUGGACUCGAGACUGAGGACCCUCUUUUCACACACCCAAACCCAUCCAGCAGUUGCUCCUGGUCAGCGGAACUGAGGAGCAGGAACUCUGGGUUGUUCCCCCAGCCCAGGGUGUGCUGCACCCCCCAGCACCCGUUCCCCCACCGCAACACAGGGUGGCAUUCAGAGCCUGUUGCUGGGCCAAUAACAAUCAGAACUGCACCACCGAUGACCCAGGAAUGGCUGGGGUGAACUAUGGUUGCUGAGAACUACAGGAAUCCGAGUUCCUGAUUCCUGGGACAGCGGGAACAUGCAGCUCUUUAAUUUGUACUGCAGGGUCACUUGCAUCACUGGAACUGCUUUGUAUUCUCGGUCUGUGAAUAAUGUUUUGUAAAAUAGAAUUUGUAUUGAAAGAAAGCCCAUGUGUUCUAAGUCAAUGUAUGAUCUACUGAAGGGGAAUAUAUCUCUUGAUCACCUCUUUAUCCCCCUCCACCCCACCCUUUCACUGUAUGACUAUUGACAGACCCAUACCCAUCCUGAAGAAGGGUCCUGACCCGAAACGUUGACCGCCUGCUUUUCUCCAUGGAUGCUGCCUGGCCUGCUGAGUUCCUCUAGCAUCGUUGUGUUUUUCAUACCCGGCUAGUGUUGGAAGAGCAGCAGGAAAUUCUCCCAGCCUCGCGGGGCUGAUGUGUGUCAGCUGGACAAGACCUGUGAUGGUGCAAGAUAACCCAGGGUCUUCUGAAACAUUGCAAUCCUGUCUCAGUCUGUGAAACUGUCCCCACCACAUCCCUGUGUGAAGGCGCAUUUUAACCCCAGUCUGUUAACAUCGUUACAGAGGCCAAGUAGAAAUUACGGAAUGAACUUCAAAAACCCGCAGUUAAAUUGUGGGCAUGACAGAAAGAAGUAGUACCUUCUAUAAAUAACCUACAAAUCAGGAGGAGACUAUUUAACUGCUUGUAACCUUGCCUCUGCAUUCCCAUCUCCCCCAGUGAUCUAUCAUCCCUAGCUUAUCAAGAAUUGAUCCACCUCUGUCUUAAAAAUAUUCAAAGACUGUGUCCUUCGAGGAAGAAAGUUCCAAAGGCUCACUGCCCUCUGAGAGAAAAAUAAUUUGAUAUCGUCUCCAUUUAUAAUGGGCGGCCUCUUAUUUCUAGACAGUGACCCCAGGUUCUAGGUGGUCCCAGAAGAGUAAACAUCCUCUCCACACCCAACCUGGGAGAGAUGGGUUUCCCACGGAGCGGCAGAGGGAGACUUGGAGGCUCCUGCCUGGAGCAGUAUGAAUGAUGACCUUCCAAGGCAUAGCAUUAAAGCAUUAGACAAUCCAACCCAUUGAGCUUGAGGCCAGAUAUUGUGGGAUUUCUGUGCUGUUUUAAGGCACCAUUCAUAAGAACUUGCUCUGGACAAAUGCUGCCGUGUUUAGGUCACCGUAGCAGUGGCUGCUUGAUCGGCUGAGACGUGGGGUAGAGAAACCUGUUCCUUUGCUGCCAAGCCCUGGUAUAUGAGAGAGAGAGAGAGAAACUGUGCUCUUGUCAAACGAGACCAGCCUGAAGGUGUCACACUCUCACGAGCAGGACAAGAGACUACCUUGUCACCGUGGCCACACAUGACAGGAACAGGAAAAGAUCGAUGACAGUGAGAGGCUUUCAGCCGCUGAUGUCGGAGAGCCGUUGAGCACAAGGGCCCUGUUCGGUCUGACCAACACUGGCUUCCACCGGAUCGAAAGAGGGAUUGACAGAGUGGGUGAGCAGGCAGGAGACGAGUACCCCAAGAUGAUGAACAGUGUGUUUUACGAUGCCCCUGAACUGGAGCAAAUGAUUUCGAAUAAAAACCCCCUGGACGAGUUUGAGCUGAUCCAGCGGAUUGGAAGCGGCACGUAUGGCGACGUCUUUAAGGCUCGGAACACAGAGACCAGCGAGCUGUCCGCCGUCAAGAUCAUUAAGCUGGAUCCUGGUGACGACAUGUCCUCCCUGCAGCAGGAGAUCAGCAUGAUGAGGGGCUGCAAACACCACAACAUCGUCGCCUACUUUGGCAGCUACUUCAGGAACAAUAAGCUGUGGAUUUGCAUGGAAUUCUGUGGGGCAGGAUCCUUGCAGGACAUCUACCAAGUCACAGGUCCACUGUCGGAAAAACAGAUUGCCUACGUUUGCAGAGAAACCCUUCAGGGUCUCCAGUAUCUACACGGCAAUGGGAAAAUUCAUCGAGACAUUAAGGGAGCGAAUAUCCUACUGACUGAUCGAGGAGACGUUAAACUAGCUGACUUUGGGGUCUCAGCCGAACUCACAGCUUCGGUAGGCAAGAGGAAAUCGUUCAUUGGUACGCCAUACUGGAUGGCCCCAGAGGUGGCAGCGGUGGAGAAGAAAGGCGGCUACAACCAACAGUGCGACAUUUGGGCUGUGGGCAUCACGGCCAUCGAGCUGGCAGAGCUACAGCCACCCAUGUUUGACCUGCACCCCAUGAGGGCUCUGAUGCUGAUGUCAAAGAGCAGCUUCCAACCUCCUAAGCUGAAGGACAAGAUGCGGUGGUCUGCUGACUGCCACAGUUUUGUUAAACAGACCCUCAGGAAGAACCCCAAGAAGAGACCCACAGCGGAGAAACUCUUGCAGCACCCGUUCACCAACCAGGCCCUGAGCCGACUGCAGGGGAUCGAGCUCCUGGACAAGCUGAACAACCCAGACCCCAGUGAGGCUGGUCUGAUGGACGACAGCGAUCUGGAGACCUGUGAUGCUUUCCCAGACAAAAUCCACUCGCUGGGACCCCACAUGAGAGCGGAGAGGACUCGCUCCGAGAUACAGUUCCGGCAGGUACAGUUCAGCUGCCCAAUGAUGAAGGAAACGGAACCCCAGAGCACCUUGGACUCCGAACAGGAUGACGAAUGGAAGAUCCACGAGGAAGGGAACAACAGUCUGAGCCUGCUGCGCAGUGUACAAGAGGCCCUGGAACAGAGCAGCCUUACAAUUAAACGAGGGCCAAUGUCCAAGCAACUGGAGCCCGACGCGGAGGAGGAACCUUGGUCCACAGACAAGAGCAACACCGUGAAGCGCGCUCCGCACACGCUGCGCCCCUCCGAUCCGCUGGUGGAGCGCAGUGACGGUGGCACACUGCGGGCGGGGACACCCUUCGCCGGCUGGGGAGAUGGGUUCGUGGACCUUCCCCUCACCAGCUGGGACCGGGUGCCCGACAGCCCCCAGGAGGAGGGUAACCCCCAGACUCACCCACCAGAGGCAGCAGAGCUGAACAAACAGGAGACCCUGAGGGAAAUCAGCCAUGGGCUACCUCCGACCCCGAAGGUCCACAUGGGAGCCUGCUUCUCGAAAGUCUUCAACGGGUGUCCCCUGAAGUUAAAUUGUUCUGUCUCGUGGAUCCAUCCCAAGACAAGAGAUCAGUAUUUAAUCCUCGGAGUUGAGGAAGGAAUCUACACUCUGAACCUCAAUGAACUCCACGAGGACACCAUAGAAAAGCUGCUUCCUCACCGAUGCUCCUGGCUGUUUGUCAUGAAUAACGUCCUGAUGUCUGUCACUGGGAAGUCCCUACAACUGUACUCCCACAAUCUGGUGACGGUGUUCGAGCAGAGGAAGAGUUUGCACAAGAGGCAGGUUCACAUCUCACUCCCGACCAACAAGCUGACCGACAAAAUCAUCCCCAAGAAGUUUGCUGCGUCCUGGAAAAUCCCAGACAGCAAGGGCUGCAGGAAGUGCUGUGCAGUGAGGAAUCCAUACACAAAGGCUACCUUCUUGUGCGGGGCCCUGGAGAAUGCCAUCAUCCUGAUGCAGUGGUACGAGCCUCUGCAGAAGUUCCUGCUGCUCAAGCAAUUUAACAUGACCCUGCCAAACCCUCUGCAAAUCUUCGAGCUGCUGGUGUUCCCGGACGAGGAGUACCCACAGGUGUGUCUGGGGGUGCGCGCUCCCGCACACCCGAACCAGGUGCUGCAGUUCGAGACCGUCCAGCUCGUGUCUUCCGGGACCCUGGUUCGGCAUUCACGGCCAGAGACCUCUCUACUGAACGCCAGCCACGUAUCCCAGCUGGACAGAGACAGUGUUCUGGUUUGCAUCGACAACUGUGUGAAGAUUGUGAAUUUACGGGGAGAGAGGAGUUACAGGAUGACGGCAGACCUGAGCUUCCGAUUCUGCGUCCAGACAGUGGUUUGUCUGCAGGACAGUGUGCUGGCGUUCUGGACACACGGAAUGCAAGGGCAGAGCCUCCACUCAAAUGAGGUAACUCAGGAGAUCACAGAUGAAACUCGAAAGUUCCGUGUACUGGGCACCCAGCGGGACAUUAUCCUGGAGAGCACCCCCACCGACCACCCCGAGGCUCAGAGCAACCUCUACAUCCUGACAGGACACGAGAGCAGCUUCUGACCCUGGGAGGUGGGGACUUGAACCAACACCACCCCCGCCCCCCCUCCCCAACACACCCAGCCGGAAGCUGUGUACAUCUCAGAGAAGCAGAGAAGGAACCCCAGGCGGAGGUGACAGGAGAUGUUUGUUAAUUAUUAUUUAAAUGUAAUUGUAUAAUAAAA